UUGAGUAAAAUGCAUUUGCUGAUAUUUUUGGAUCUUGAUAAUUGGACAGGAUUCUUUAAACGUUUACCACAGUGCUUGCCUGAUAAAACAUUUGUAUGGACAUUUUAUGGUGGAAAUACAUCAUGGAAAGAACCAAAAGCCCUACCAUUUCUCAAGUUAAAGAAAGAUGGAUGUUUUUAUCUUCACAGUCAAUGUGGUAAAACUAAAGAUGCUGCUGAUUUUGCUAUUUGUUUCACUAUUGGUAAAAUGGAUGAUCGACUACCAAAACAAAUUCCAUUUGCCAUUCUGUCUGGUGAUCGAGGUUUCUGUGAAAUUGAAAAUCAGAUGAGACAUUCCUCUCGAAGAACUGUUGUAAUUGAUCCACAUGAAGCUGGUAAAAGCAGUGAACAUAUGCUUUAUGCUAUGAUACUCAGUGUGAUGAAUUCCUAA